AAAUAACCAAUGGUCUACCUGUGGUUCUUUUGACAAGGACAAAUGACAUCCAUCAGCAUCUUGGAGAUUCCUUCACACAUCAAAGAAACUUUGAUUGAAGCUUCUUUGGAUACCUUGGAGGAUUUAUUGCUGUAUACACCACCAAGUCUAGUUGACAGAAUACCCUCAACUCGGUUCAAGCGGCAUCAGCCCCGUAAAGGGAUCAACGUCAUCCGCUACGAUCGUCUGUUAACAUUGACGCCGCAAGAGAUUACUUUGGCUUAUGAUGAGGCAUGUGCCCAUGUCUUUCUUGGAGGAAUUGCAUACGGAACCGCUUUAAAUCUACUGCAAGAAGAGUUCUUUCUGUCUCUUGGAGAUCCAUUACUAGAUGCGGCUCUGGGGGGGCCUGGGAUCAUGACCCGUGGGAUUACAGAAGUUGCUGGUGAAAGCUCUGUAGGAAAGACCCAGCUUUGUCUUCAACUUUGUCUCAUGGUGCAACUCCCUUAUGAACUAGGUGGGCUUGAUGGUUCUGCAGUAUGGCUUUCAACAGAAGGGAAGUUUCCUUACACCAGAUUAGAAUCGAUGAUUGGGUAUUUCGUGGCAAGACACAAGGAAGUUCUACCAGAAAUGAGUGUAGAGGAACUGCGGGACAACGUAUAUUUUGAAUCAAUGGCUGAUCAGGAGACCCAGAUGCAUAUUAUUAACUACCAACUGCCGAUCCUUAUCCAUGACUCUCAUGUGUCUGCUAAUAAAGAAGCAGAAGAAGCAACUCAGAUAACAGCAACACAGCAGACUCAGCAUGACCCCGUAACAAAUGAGGGCGAUGACACAGAAGAUAGGCAUCCAUCUCUUAGGAGGAAGGCUGUGAAGCUUGUUAUUGUUGAUUCGAUCACUAACAACUUUAGAAGUGAGCUUACGAUUCCAUUAAAUGAUGGGACGGCAGAAGGCCAAAGACCGCAGCAAAGCUCGGGGUUUAGGUCCAGUAUUCUUCAGCGGAGUACCGAUCUUUGUGAGAUUGGUCUACGUCUCCGAACCCUGGCGGACAACUAUGGUUUGGCAGUAAUUUGUGUGAACCAGGUGACGGACGUGUUUGGUCCCGAGGAAUCUGAGUUGUCUGUUUUCAAUACGUUGGAUGAUCCAACGAAACGCAAGAAGCCGGCUUUAGGACAUGUCUGGGAGAGCAUGAUCAAUGCAAGAGUGAUUUUGCAGCGCUCGAGAAGAUUGGAAUAUGCAGAAGAUGAAUCAACAGUAUAUCCUUCUUCAAGUUCUGUGAUACGUGAACCACAUCGAACCAUGUCUGUAGUUUUUUCUCCAUGGGCCCCUAGCAUCAAAAACGCGGGUGCUGGAAGUACUGGAAAGUGCCGAUUCAAAAUUGAUAGCACAGGAGUUGUUGGACUUCCUGAGCGUAUGUAAUAGAUCAUUGAUUUAAUAAAUAAAUAAAGGAC